AUGCGAAUCUUUCUCCUACCUCUCACCACGCGACAAGCACUCGUCUUCUGUCAACGCGCUGCUCCAAAGCCGAAUGCGAAACCAACUAUUGCCGAUCGAAUUACAGCAAAGGCUGCUGAGACGUGGGCCAAGUGGGAAGCAGCAGAUAGAGGAUGGCGAAAAACAGUUGUCCACUAUGGCAACCAAGGCUUGCAGCGUAUACCUUACCAGGAAUGGGGAUUAAAGAGCUUUCCUCCUUCCAACCCCAAACUGCAGGCCGAGCAGAUCGCACAAGGCAAGAAAUUCGAUGUCAUCUACCCUGGUAACAUCAUGCACAAAGACGAUGUGCCAAAAGUUCUGGCAAGGCUGGCUAGGGAACGCAAGCAAUUGCACUGGAAUCGGUUCAUCGGAAGCAUGGUCGCCAUGCCCCUCUGCAUACCCUUUGCACUGGUGCCUGUAAUUCCCAACUUCCCCUUUUUCUAUGCUGCAUAUCGGUGUUGGUCUCAUUGGAAAGCUUUGAAAGGUUCUGAUCACUUGGAUUUCAUCCUGGAUAAUCGACUUUUUCGACCAAUUUCGCCGCCGAAGAUCGAGGACCUGUAUGAGCAGGUGGCACCUGAUGCACCGGAUUUCACGUUUGUCACGCUGAGCCAAGUCCUAGACGGCAGUGCACCUCCUGAAAAAAUCAUCCUCCCUGCCGACAGCCACGACCUUGUGGCCAAAGUGACAGGAGUGCCAGAGCUGAGUGGAGAGGUUGAGAGGGCAAUUUGGCAAGUAGAAAGACAAUUAAAGCGCGACAAACAACAGCAUGAAAAGCGGGCGCUAUCGCAGCCUCCUAAAGAUGCUGGAAGCACUGAAUCCCGGACCAAAGGCCAAUAA